AUGACCGACAUCAAGGAAAGGAUACUAAACCUGGAUGUAUUUCACAUUGAGUUAACAACAUUAAGGCUGGGGUUAAAUCCGGAUGUGCUUUGUCAGCUGUGCACCUGUAAAAGGCAAUGUUCCCGCCUUCGUGGAGACCACAUUCAGAGUAAACGCCGCACUCGGCUCAAUUGGAAAUGACCUUUAAAUGUCAAACCUGCUAUAACGCGGAUCUACCACUGAUCGGAUUUAAUCCUGACCUGAGAGACCUUGAGAAGAAAGAUGAGUAGUUAUUUUAUACGGGGAUUUAGACUCCAGCCUUGUUUUACCUCUCUGCACAACACACAACCCAGCUCGGUGUCAUGACAUCAGACUGAAAGCAUUUUGAACAGGCAGCAGGCUACGAUUCUGAGUAGGCGUCAAUAGACAUCAUGCUACAAAGGGCUUUGAAUUGGUCUGAUUUAACAAACAAAUAAUUGUCUUUGUGUGGACAGCACAGUUGAUAACAUUGUUAAUGCUCUUGGAUGCAUAGACAACACGGAAAGCCCCUUCUCUCAAUUGAUUGACGUCACUUCAACAGUAUUUCAUCCUUCCAUGAUAUCUGUAUCUACACUGAGUGCACAAAACAUUAGGAACACCUGCUCUUUCCAUGACAUAGACUGACCAGGUGAAUCCAGGUGAAAGUCAUCAAUCGUACAGCCAGACCCCAAAUCUACCAUGUUCAACAUGUAUACAGGUACGAGUGUAAAGGGCUACAACACUUUAUGUUUGUGUUUCCUUUACUUUGGCAGUUACCUGUAUCUAUGGUAAUGGAGCCAGCUGCUAGAUAGACAUUGAUUAAGACAGAACAAUGUGAGGUGUCUGAUGUGUUUCAGAAUCAGGGAAAUUCAAUCAGUAAGUCUGGUCCUAGUGUUGUAUCUAUUCUCUCCAGUUUUCCACUAGGGUUUGUUGAUAAGAAAGGAAAGGUAGCCAAAGACGUGGUCAAAUAUUGGCUUUUGGAGAAUGAGAUGCAAGCUCCUCAAGAGAUAUAUGAUCACCUCCCUCUCCAGGACACACACCCACGGACACACACAUACACACCUCCCCCUCCUCAGCUGUAUUACUGAUGUAUCCGAGAGGUAGUGGAUUGUGUGUUUGUUGGUCACGCUCAUGUGGGUGUGUGGGCCAGAGCUUAUAGUACUGCUGCCUGGCAGGCUCGUCUGUGGAUGGGGACUGUGUGUGUGUGUGUGUGUGUGUGUGUGUGUGUGUGUGUGUGUGUGUGUGUGUGUGUGUGUGUUUGCUUGCAGAUGGGGACUAGCUCCUUAAGAUGGAAAUUGCCAUAAUGUGUCCUGCAGCAGUCUGCUGCACAGGCCCCUGGACACACACGGCACACAUCACAAGGCACACACACACACUUUUCAUCAUCGAGAUACACCUUUCUCAAGGGCAAAUGUGCUCUUCUCUGUUCGCCUGUGUGCUUCACUUGCGAUGUAUAAGAACAUUUUAGUCUAAUUAAGAUGAAUUGUUGCGUGGAGGAUUAACAUAGGAGUUAGUGUGGAGCGUAAAAGUACUUGGCAACUCAGUCAAUUAACCCCUAGUUUCAAUUUACAGAGAGUAACAGUUUCUGACUGUGCCAGAGUUUUUAAUCUUAGUACCGGUAAGUAAGUGGCCACCCUUGUAAGUGGCGUACUAUCAAUGCCUUUUCAUGCAUACAAGUACAUAGUAAUGACUUUUUGCGAAAGUGCAUGUUAUUUUGUAGGAGGCGAGCCUUUCUUUCAGAAAAGGGAACUGUUUAGUUUCGAUGCGUGUCUAAUGUCUACACGCUGCAUCCCAAAUGGCACCCUAUUCCCUAUUUAGUGCACUACUUUUGACUGGAAACCCAAAAGGAAAUAGGGUGCCAUUUGGGACUCAGCUUUGUCCUCAGUAUCUGAAGGUAAUGGGUGUUAACCUGUGUUUCUGUUCCCUUUCUCUCCUCUACUCCCUUGUCUUCCAACUCCCCUGCUACUUUUUACCCCCCUCUCUGACCUGCUCCAACCAGUGUAUAAUUUUUGGGAGUGUGUGUGUCCUUUCCUUGGUUAUUUUUAGCUGCUGUCUUUAAGGAGGAGUGCGCUUUUUCCUUCGGCUGAUCGUGUGUGCUGUGGAGCGAGACAGGGGAGACUGGAGGGACACAGUGUGUGUGUGUGUGUGUGUGUGUUCCAGCUCCGCUCAGCGGAGGGAGUGUGUCUGUCCUUUCGGAUGGUCCCAGGGGGCCAGAGGGGCUGUGGAGAUUGGACAGGGAUAGGGGGCACCAGUAGGGAACUCGCCAUCAUUACUUAAUCAUAUUCCCUUCCUACAGUCAUAUCAUAUGAUGGACCAAACCUUGGGUUGUAUUAAGACUUUUCUGAAUUAAUUCACAGUUGCUUUUAAGUGCUUUAAAGAGGAUGUUCAGAAAUUAGAUUUGCCAUACCUCCUAUAGUUCUGCUCAGUGACAGUGAGGUGUGUUUUUUCUCCCACACUGGGUGAAAUGUGAAAAUGGGUCCCAAAACUAUAAUGAGAGAGAGAUAGAAGAGAGAGAGAGGAAAAGAGAGCGAGAGGAAGAGAAGAAGAGAGAGAGAGAGAGAGAGAGAGAGAGAGAGAGAGAGAGAGAGAGAGAGAGAGAAUGAGUCACCUAAAGAAAGGUAGACAGAGUAACAGUCGAGUAAUAAUGUAUUUAGAGAGAGUAAAUAACAGAGGAUGGAGGGGAAGAGAGUAAAGGAUGCAGGAGGGAAUGAGAGGAUAGUGAAAGAGUGAGUGUAUGGGAAUAUUGAGCCACAAAGCAUUUUUGUCAGAUCAAAGCUAAUCCUUAUCUUAUGAAGGGUUUUUACUAAUACCCCUGGUUCUCUUACCCCUAAGGCAGGUCUCUCUCUCUCUCUCUCUCCUCUCUCUCGCCAUGCCUAGCUACUAUAGUAUAGCAAGACGAGAACCAGGAUAAUAUCUUCUCUCUCUUCCUCUAUGUAGAUCAUCUCUCCUCUGAUCUCUCUCUCUCUCUCGCUCAUCUCUCUCUCCCUCCUCUCUCUCUCUCUCUCUCUCUCUCCCUCUCUCUCUCUGUCUCCUCCCCUGUAACUAAAAUUACUGGGAUUUUUCUGCAUUUUACUUGACUUUGAAAUGGUGGUAGAGAAUGCAGAACGGUUUAGAGAAACUAGGUCAAGCGAAGAGUGAAGGGGGUAUCGCAUCAGAACCAAAACAGAAAGAUGCAUUUUGCCUGGGGAGGGAUAGAGGGAGAGAGGAAAAGAGGGGGAGGGAGGAAGUGGGUGAAUUUCAGAUGUGUGUGGCGGAGACGCUAACCGCUGCAAAUGGGAUGCUUUACAGUGGAUUUAGAAACCUAUCACAAGACAUACAUGUUUGUGUCUCAAAUGGUACCCUAUUCCCUAAGUAGUGCAGUACUUUUGGCCAGGGCCCAUAGAUAAUAGGGUGCCAUUUGGGACACAGCCGGUAUGUCACAUGGAUGUCUUCACUAUGUCUGCAAGUCCAUUACAACUUGUGAGCAAACAGCUGUGAGAGCUGAGGAGUUUAAUUGACAAGAUCUAAUUUGACAAAAUGAAUAGUAUCUAUGGUCACCUUGAAAAUAAAAAGGUUUCACGGUUGUUCCAUGUCACUGUCCCUCUGUCAGUCAGUUACUAAGACAUGUACCUACUACCAUACAAGCUACAGUGUCCCUAUAGGGCUGAGAGAUGGAAGAGGAAAGAAAAAAGCUUGCCUUGCUUUGAGUCCAACUCUCCAUUUCACACUCCCAGCUCACAGAGACCCUCUUUGGCAUUUUAACAGCAAUAUUUUGACAGAACGUAAUCAUCUGUAAAUGUCAGCGUCAUAACAGAGAUUCUACAUGGAUUAAGGGCAAUUCCACAUUAAUGGAAUUACGCUAACAUGCUACCCAGACCGCAAGCGCACAAGUUGAUUUUGUCCCCCCCACACCAGACGCGAUCAGGACACGCAGGUUGAAAUAUCAAAAUAAACUCUGAACCAAUUAUAUUAAUUUAGGGAGAGAUCGAAAAGCAUUAAACAUUUAUGGCAAUUUAGCUAGCUAGCUUGCUGUUGCUAGCUAAUUUGUCCUGGGAUAUAAACAUUGGGUUGUUAUUUUACCUGAAAUGCACAAGGUCCUCUACUCCGACAAUUCAUCCACAGAUAAAACGGUAAAACUUUGUUUUCUAGUAAUCUCUCCUCCUUCAGGCUUCUUCUUCUUCUUUGGACUUUAAAUGGCGUUUGGCAACCAACUUUAUGGUGCAUUACCACAACCAACUGGACAGGAGCGUAGACCUCAGUUCAUCUUUCAAUCACCCACCUGGGUAGAUGCUCCUAAAAACCAAUGAGGAGAUGGGAGAGGCAGGACUUGCAGCGCGUUGAGCGUCACAAAUAGAACCAAGAUCUAUUUUAGCGCCUGGCCACGCAGACGCUCGUUGAUGAGCGCGAGUAGUGUGGGUGCAAUGAUUGAAUAACAUGUAUGUGUACAUUUAUUUUCCAACGCUCACACAUGCAACACGUACGGUGUGGUUAGCAUGUAACACUUGAAAUGAAUGCCAAACAAAAACCAUUGAUUUCAAAGUUGAACAAACCAUAAAACUCUAUGCACAAGGACUACUUAGAAAAAUGUACACAGUAAGUAAAUAAAAAAAUCUGGGAAAAGUGUGCAAAGUUUGGUAACAGAAUUACAGUAACAUCCUGUUAAAGUAGUCCUUGUGCAUAGAGCUGUAUGGUUUGUUAAACUUUGACAUCAAUGUUUUUUGUUUGGUAUACAUUUUAAGUGAGAAAUCUGAGUCUCAGCAUUAUUCUGUUACCAUGGAAUUGACCUUAACUAACAUGGCUGAUAUGAUUACGUAAGAAGAAGAGUGGGAGAACAAACUUUCACAGAGCCUGUGGCCAACUAAUACGUACGUUGAUUUUUUAUGUAUUCUGUGUACAGCGUGAUGACCAAAUACAUUUCCUGCUGUGGGAUAAUGAAGUUAACUGAACUGAAGAUGCAAAAUAAUUAGCCUUAGUGCCCAGACUUGCCCUAUUGUGUCUGAUUUGGAUAUGUCAUGCAUGAUGAUGAUGUCACUUUCCAUCACGUGUGGUUGUGGCAUGUGUUAUGACAACCUCCUUUCUCUUUGCUCUGUAUGAUGUGGUGUGUAUGAGCUUCGUCACACGUUUCUGUAAUGUUAGUUAUUUCUCUGUCGUGUGUGUGUGUGUGUGUCUGAUGAGAGCUAACUGUGUGUUUGUGUGUGUGUGUGUGUGUGGUGCACAUGCGCAUGUAUCACUGCAUUGUGGGUGUGUGUCUGUGUGUGUGUGAUUCCUUCUGAUGUUGCAGCCAGGCGGGCAGGCAGGCAGAGAGGCAGAGCGUGGAUAGGGGCAGGGCAGCUAACUGACUUAUCUGUGUGAAAAUGAAUGCGAGAGAUCCAGGCUGAUGAGGGACGAAGGCUGCACCCUAUUCCCCAUAGGGCUCUGGUCAAAAGUAGUGCACUAUAUAGGGAAUGGGGUGCCAUUCGGGACAAACACAAAGCCUACGUGCCUGGCUGCCCGCUACAAUGCCCAUAACAUGCCCCUGCUCCUAUUUCUGCUCCAUCAGUGUUGAUGCCCACUUCUAUACAUACACACACACACACCCUCUCUAUCCCGUAAAUCUCUUCAGCCCAUUAACACUGCUGUCCUCUCUAUUGUUUCACAGAUGAACCACCAUGUGACCUCGAUCGUCCUGUGACAUCACACCGACACUGAGACGGCCAGGUGGGUGGAAGGACACCGAGCAGAGGCUACGUGAUCAAACAGCACAGCUUUGCUCUGAGGAGGAUUCAAGUGCCUUAUAGAGGUUCUGGAUACCAUUUGGCUUUCUGCUACUACAGUCAAAUAAUAAGAGACAUUCUUCUUUGUCAUCCUGGUUAACAGUUGAGCACGUUCUCUCCCUUCUCCUGAAACUAUAAAGCACCUAGCCUUGUGAAACCAGCCUAUUCUCGUGAUUGCUAACAUUCUGAUAAGUGAAGUGAAAGGAAACGUGAAAGCUACUAUAAAGGACCAAUAAUAACAAUCCAUAACAAAAUGGAGACUCGGUCUCUCUCGCAGGACUCCAUCUUGGAGUGUCAGAUCUGUUUUAACUACUACAGCCCGCGACGGAGGCCCAAGCUGCUGGACUGCAGACACACGUGCUGCUCCGUGUGCCUGACCCAGAUGAGGUCCAGCCAGAAAGAGAUCCGCUGCCCCUGGUGCCGUGGCGUCACCAAACUUCCCGCCGGCCUCUCCGUCUCCCAUCUCCCCGAUGACCCCGACAUCAUCACCGUCAUCGCAAUCCCGCACGCCUCCGAGCACACGCCCGUCUUCAUCCGCCUGCCUAGCAAUGGCUGCUACAUGCUGCCCCUGCCCAUCGCUAAGGAAAGGGCACUGUUGCCCGGCGAACUGGGCUGCCGGUUCCUGCCAGGUGGCAGCGGGCAGCAGAAGGUGGAUGUGGCAGUGGUGGCCAUGCCUGAGCUGCAACCCCUGGGGAUGAGUCUCGACAGCCUGGAGGAGGCAGAGAGGAGGGGAGCCGGGGGAGGUGGUGGUGGAGGGAAGGGCUCCACGUGGUCCGGGGUGUGUACAGUGAUCCUGGUAGCCUGCGUCCUGCUCUUUCUCCUGGGAAUCGUGCUCCACAACAUGUCCUGCAUCUCCAAACGCUUUACUGUCAUCUCCUGUGGCUGA